GUAGCCGCUAAACUGACACGUAAGAAUCCUGCGUAAAUUUUUAAGGAAGAAGCCGCAUCUUUUCCUUAAGUGGAACGUGGAUACGGCUGCUUCGCCUAUGUACAGUUGACCCGUCCCGGACCAGAGGCUUCUUCGGACUCUUUAGAAGCGACGCGGGACUGUCGGCGGCAGAAGUCGACGCACAAGAUGAGAUUCUCAGCGUUUAUUUCUGUCCUGCGGUCGGUCGGCCCGGUGGUAAUCGGUAUUUCUUUAGGGUUCACGUUAAGUUUAUUGAGCGUUAACUGGACGGAGACAGCGUGUUAUCGAGACGGCAAGGAGGGCGAGGAUGUGACUUUGGGUCAGGAUGGGCUCCUCAAAGGAGCCCGAAAGCCCAACUCCAUUUCGACCCUCAACGAUGUGGAGUCUGAGGAGGAUUUUGAACCAAGAAUAGUCCCGUAUAAACAAGUCCAGCAGACUGCCCCAAAGAAAGUUUUCAGGGCUAAAUACAUAAGCACGGAGUUGGGGAUGCGAGAGCGUCUGUUUGUCGGGGUCCUGACAUCCAAAAACUCCAUUAACGCCAUGGGUGUAGCUGUCAAUCGCACCAUUAGCCAUCACCUGGACUCCGUAAUCUUCUUCACCGGCAUGCGCAACCGCAAAAUCCCUCACGGCAUGUUUGUGGUCUCUCAUGGAGACGAGAGACUGAUAUGGAACAUGUUUCAGACCAUCAGAUACAUUUUAGACCAUUACAUCAAUGAAUAUGACUGGUUUUACUUUGUCCAAGAUGACACCUACACAGAAGCUGAUAGGAUCAAAGCCCUGGUGGAUCACCUGAGUAUGGAUCGAGAGCUUUACAUGGGCAGUCCUGAGGAGUUCAUAGGGAGGGAGAUGGAAGGGAAGUACUGCUAUGGAGGGUUCGGGUAUCUGCUGUCACGUACCUUGCUCCUGCGACUCCAGCCCUUCUUGGAAAACUGUAGGAAUGACAUCCUGAGUGCCAGGCCUGAUGAGUGGCUUGGGAGAUGCAUCAUUGAUUACACCAACACAAACUGUGUCAGUGAAUAUGAGGGGCAUCAGUACCAUCAUUAUGAGUUGGGAAAAAACUCUGAUCCAAGUAAAGAGCAGAGUGAACAGUUCAAGAAAGCUCUGACUGUCCAUCCAGUGUCUGACCCAGAGCAGAUGUACCGGCUGCACAGAUACUUCACUGAGAUUGAACUCCAGAAGACGUACGAUGAGAUUGCUAAGCUGCAGGCAGAAAUAAAGAAUGUAAGUGUGGUUGCUUUUGAAGGCAACCGUAGCGCCCAGUGGCCAGUGGGGAUAAAUCCACCUUUUGAGCCCAAAUCUCGGUUUGAAGUUCUUAAGUGGGAAUACUUUACAGAGGAAGAGAUAUAUUCAUGCAUUGAUGGUUCUCCCAAGUGUGAGCUGCGCGGCAUUGAUCGCAUGGAUGUGGCUGAUGUCAUUGACACAGCCGUAGGAGAGCUGAACAAGAAGUACAAGCCUGUCUUACACCUGAAGAAGCAGCAGCUAAUUAAUGGCUACAGGCGCUUCGACCCCGUCAGGGGCAUGGAGUACACCUUGGACCUUCAGCUGGAGGUGGUUAAUCAGAAAGGUCACAGCCGUUCCAUCACCAAGAGGGUUCAUCUGGUGCGACCUUUGAGCAAAAUAGAGAUAAUUCCCAUGCCCUAUGUCACCGAAGCUACAAGAGUUCACAUCAUUAUACCUCUUACUCUGCAGGACCGAAGCUAUGUUGACCAUUUCCUCGAAGUCUUUGCCUCAAACGCCUUUGAGACGAGCGAAAAUGCUAUCCUAACAUUCUUGUUUAUUUACGACCCAGUGGAGGCACAGCAGGUUAACCAGAAUGAUAUAUUUGCCAGUGUGAAGACUCAGAUCAAUGCCUAUGAACGCAAAUACCCCACAGUGAAAAUCCCAUGGAUAAGUGUUAAGACGGAAACACCAUCCCAGAUCAAGUUCAUGGACAUCAUCUCAAAGAAGCACCCGGUUGACACGCUGUUCUUCUUGGCUGCCGUUAACACAAAUAUCAAUUCCGAAUUUCUGAACCGCUGCCGCAUGAAUUCCAUAAACAACUGGCAGGUGUUCUUCCCCAUCCAUUUUCAGGACUACAGCCCUGAUGUGGCCUAUCACAACCAGCCGCGUCCAGCCACGAUCGAUCUGGUCAGGGACGCGGGGCAUUUUGACCGCAAGUCGUUUGAAGAAUCAUGCUUUUACAACUCAGACUACAUGGCAACUCGCACCCGAAUGGUGGCGGACGUCCAAGAGAAUGAGGAGAUUCUGGAGACAAUGGACAUCUAUGAAAUGUUCGUAAAGUACUCGGGUCUGCAUGUAUUCAGGGCAGUAGAGCCUGCAUUGCACCAACAGUACCGCUACCAAGCCUGCAACCCACGACUCAGUGAGGACAUCUAUCAUAGAUGUGUUCAGAGUAACUUGGAAGGUCUUGGUUCUCGCUCCCAGCUCGCCAUGCUUCUGUUUGAGCAAGAACAAGGAAACAGCACUUGAAAACACCAGUGAAAUGUCUGCACUUGUUUAAAUGUAUGUUAAAAGCUCUGUGUUUGUUGUAAUAGCAUCUUGAUGCAACCUAGAAUUUGGGGUGAACAGGAGGAAUGCAUAUUGUACUGGCCAUAGGUUAACCCAUGCCCAAAACACAUCCCAUGUUUGGAGAUGUCCUCACAUGAUGUAUGUGACCCCGUCUGACAUUCUCCAUCUUCCAGAGUGCAUCAAGGGUUAUUUGGUUUGUUAGUUUUUAGCUAGUUUGGAAAAAUGAAUGCAGUACAUUCCUAAUGAAACCUUUUUUAUAAAUGUUUACAAUACUUGUCCAUACAGAUGGGUAUCUAGAACCAAAUGCCAGUUCUUAUGGUUAAGGUUUCCACCAAACCUCCAGCUGACACAGGGCUCCAUGAGCAAUCCAUUGGAGGCGUCUUCCUCUCCACCUGUCUGGCAAAAUUCCGAAACUCACUGGCAUUUUAUCCAUGGUUCGGUCUACCAGCUCCUGGAAUAAAUACCUUGCUCUUAUUUGCAUAUAAUAGGCCGAACCAGCAUGCUCAGUAGAGCUGCUCAUGCUUUUGUAUGGGCGUGGGGGUUAGCAAGCUAAGUGAACUAACACCAUGAGUCCAAAAUGGCAAAAAGCUUUAGUGGGCUGUUGCUCGUCAGUGGGAUCAGAGGUACUAGCAGCAAUGUUUUCACAUUCAUUGAAUGUUGUUUGAUUUAACUUAAUUUUAAUAUCAGUAUCAAAAAUAUUUUUAAAUGGAGCUUCAAUCUAGAGCUCUAAUACAUAAACGUAAGUGUAUUGCACCACAGUUUCUUUGCCCUUCCUCAUAAGGGCAUUGAAACAUUGAGCUUUUGUUAUUUACUGAUUUGAGUAUUUUUAAAAGCGCAUCUUUGUAAAUGUGCCUUGACACUGACUUUUCAUAUGCUGGCUGUCUUGAAAUGAUCUUAUUACUCCUUCAGGUGUUGCACAUUUGACGUUAAGUUAGACGUAAUAGUUUUGAAUGGGUGGGAGAUGUGGAUAGAGCCUGUUACAUAGAAAUGAGAACUGAAUGGUUUGUUUGGUUUUUUUUUGGUUAAUUUUAAAUUUUUUCUAGGUGACUAUGAAAUAUCAUGAUCCCAAUCAUCCACAAGUUGUAAAUGUGCCUCAAAGCAGGAAAGGGGUUCAUGAAAAGUAUCUACUGUUGGUCUUCAGGGGUCACCCUAGUCAGCCAGCAGUGUAUAUUUCAGUUUAAUUUUUCUCCUUGAAACUUGCAAAAAAGAUUUACAUGUAGAGGCAAAUUUAAAAUUGUGGAUAAAAUUGCCUUGGUAAAUGUCUGAAGCGAUCGCCCAGGUCUUUCCCUUUUUUUUACUGAAGUAAGUGGUACUUUAAAACAAAAUUUAAUUAGUUUAGAAAUAACUAAAGUUAAGAAUGUAUGAAAGACUUUUCCAUGUUUUUAGACACGAGAAAUGUUUAACUGUUCCAAAGUGUUUUUGACUGUAUUGUAUAAAAAUGUUGUAAGUUUAUUGAAUGGUGUCAUUGUCCUCCAUUUACUGAGCUGGCUGCUUUCUCCCAGUUGCAGUACAGUCCAAUGGGAGGCCUUUUCCACAUUACUGAGUGGUGGUGGAUCUAGCGGUACUUGACACCAGGCAGUUAUUAGUAGAUUAUAAUGUGCAAUAUUACAGAUAACUCAACUGGACAAAUGUCUGAUGGAGGACAGGACUUUUAAUGUCAAAGAUGUGCUGCGAGUACAACAGUGUGUAUAUCACAAUACUGUUCAUGACAUUACAUAAAUUAAGACUCAUACUUUCUGUGUAAUGCUAAGUAAAUACACUGUAACCUCUUUUGACAAGACAUUUAAUGUAUUUUGCUGACACUAGACACUUUUGUCAUCAGAUUUACUUUGAAAUACAUAAAGAUUAAGGCAAGUCCUUUUAUUUAACUUUAAUUGGAUUCAAAAUGUAUGUUGGAAACACUACAUCCACAGUGGUUAUCCUAAACAGUGUUUGCUGUAUUUGCCGCAUGAACACAGACUGCGUCAGUUGUUGCUGACGUCUUGCAUAAAUUUUUAUGACGCAUCUCCUUCGUAACGAGAGCAGUCUUUCAUCAUGACAAUGCUUCAGCUGACAUAGCAUGAAUGUUCACCGUGAUUCAUAAAGAGUGCGAUGCUAAUAAUGUGCAGAAUUGGAAACCAAAAACCACUGUGAACGAUGGAGGGCUGAGAUUACAAUAUGAAGUUGUUGUGGUGAUCUGCACCGUCUUUGCCUUCUGUAGACGUGAGACGCCUGAAAUUAAGGGAGCGUGGCAGAUUAAUCACACUGUGUUGUUAACACAGCCACCGUCGCUGAGCAAAGUCUCCAAGUAUUUUGUCCAUAGCUUAUUUAUCUAAUUUCCUCUAUGAAUUAUACAAAUUCUAAAUACUUUUUUCAUGUCAUUCUCUGUAUAUGUAUAAAUGUUUUAUAGACACUAUUUUUAAGCCUUUUUUGUUUUAGCUCUACACAGCAAUUGCUAUUUAAUUGUUUUGUUGACACAAACAUAUGCUUUAUCUUACUUUGCAUCAGUUUUGUUCUUUGAAAAUCUUUUCACUUGUUCAUGAGCACAGUUAAAGUUAAUGUGUGUAUUUCCUUUUCACUUUGAAUCAACUAAAUCACUUCAAAAAGUAGGCAAGUACAUAUGCUCAAGUUUUUAAUUUCCAUUGAUGUUUGGAACCAUUGGGUUACAUUAUUUUACACAUAUGGGUACUAUUAUAACCAAAGCAAUACAUUUUAAUUCAUGCUUGGUACAUUUAAUUGUGUGCUGUAAUUCCCAAUGAACUGUGAAUUAUUGUAAUUUGUAAUUAAAAAAUAUUUGAAUA